AAACGGGGGAAUGGGAGGAAAGGGGAAUGCGGGGACAGACCCUUGUCAACAGGAUUGACACUGGAUGAGGAGAGAUGUGAGGAUGAGGGGAUAAUUGGAAGUACCAGAAUCCCACAGGCCUCUUUUCCCAUCAUCCCCACCACCACCACAUCUGCACCCCACCCCUACUCACCCCAGGCCCUGGUCUUUAAAACUGAGCCCUGUGUAUGCCUCAUAGCACAGGUGACACUGGUACUUACAAUCCUUAUCCCUGGAACGAGGCCUUGGUACCCUGACUCCACAGUCGAGGGAGCCCAGUGGCCAAGGUCUCAGCCCUGGGUACCUGCUCAGUCUGCUCAGGUGGCUCCCAGAGCCCUCUCUUCUUUCCCGACUCCAUACAGAAGAUGGUAAUGACAGAGACCAGCACUGCACACCCCACUCCCUGAAAACAAGCAACUGAUGCUAACACCCAGACUCACCAGACUCGCCCUCCACCACCCACCCUGGUACCAUCUGGGUACAGAUAAUAAUUUUCAGAGACAAUUUGGGGGUGGGCUAAUUUAGGAGUGAAGUAGGAGGGGCUGUUGUUGGGCCCGGGGUACUGUUUGAAGCCCUGGGGUGUGUUAGACAGCUGCGGCACUGAGUGUGGUCUCUACCCACAGGGACAGGUUAAAAAGAGCCCGAGAGGGCUCCUGACAUUGCAGGUGAGCUGGGUGCAUGAGUUGAGCUCCCCACUCUCACCCCAUCUCAGUCAGGGGAAGACGGCCAUCAAUACACUUAGGGAUGCGUGGAUAGGUGCAUGUCCACACAAAGUCCCCUCACCAAUAAGAGCCUCCGUCACUGGGUCAGACUUGGGCUCCUCACAGCUUUCUUCAUAAGCAGGCAUUGGUGGUCUUUCUUCUUAAGCCUGCUUUGGGGGUCUGCGCAGUGUUCACGUUUAGCUAGUCUUGUUACCACGGUUCAGCUGGGAUCUCUGUUGUUCCUCUCUGACAUCCACCAAUCAGCCUCUACCAUCCCCUGAGGUAAUGCGUGAUCCCUGCUGUUUGAGACAUUGUCCAGCCAGCUUAGGGCAGCACAGCCUCUGCCCCACUGGGUCCUCGUGAUGACGAUGCAUUCACCCAGACUUGUCUUUUUGCCUUGUUGUACGUGCCUUUUUUCCCCCUUUUAAAACAUUAAUUUUUAUUUUUAAAAUAUGUUAUGUGUAUGUACAUGCACUCGGGAGCCUGCAAAGUUCAGAAGAGGCAUCAGAUCGCUAGGGACUGGGGUUACAGAUGGUUGUGAGCCACCGUGUGGGUUCUGGUGAACCCGAGGCCUCUCUCUGCAAGGGCAAUAAAUGCUUUUUGACUGUGGGGGCCAUCUCUCUGGGCCCAGUUUAUUUUUAUUUUAUGUGGAUGAAUGCCUUUCCUGCAUGGAUGUGCCUGUACCACUCACAUGCCUGCCACCUGAAGAAGCAGAAUACGGCACCAGAACCCCUGAAAUCGGAGUGACGGGCAGCUGUGAGCUGCAGUGUCAGUGCUGGGAACUGAACCCAGCUCCUCUGCAAGAGCAUCGAGUGCUCUUAACCACUGAGGAAACUCUCCAGCCCUUCUCUCUUCCUCCCCUCCCCCUCUCAGAUUCACAUGUUGCCCAGGGUAACCUAAAACCUGCCAUGUAGCCAAGGAUGGACUUGAACUCCCCCUGCCUCCAUCUCCCAAGAGCCAGGGUUAUAGGCAUGUGCCACCACAAGUGGGUUUCUGAUGUGGUUGGGUCUGGACCUUUUGCACUCUGGCCUCCUUAACCCUCUUUGCUUUGUAUUUGGAACUGAGUCCAGUCUCUCUUGCUAACUCUAAGGCCCGGGUACAGUGAUCCCUACAGGAAGGUCCCUUGAAGAAAGCGCCUCUUGCUUUUCCUCGGCUAGUGUUGUUAGAUAACAUUUCCCUUAGCAUCUUCCAGCUGGGGAUGGAGAGAGCUUCAGACUUGCUUCAGAGACUUCCGGGCAUAUCAAAGACCUUUAAAGCCCUAUGUCGCUGGCCUCCCCAAAUCCAAGACAUGGCAGAUGGGGCACAGGCCAACCCCAAAGGGUUCAGGAAGAAGGCGCUGGUUAAACACCCCACUGCAUGGAAGAGGCCAAGCCUCAGGGCCUCGUCUCCUUUCAGAACCUCCAGGUCCAGCCUGGGUAUGAAGAAAUUCUUUGCCAUCGCAGUCCUGGCCGGCAGUGUUGUGUCCGUCGCCCACGGCAGCCUGUUGAACCUGAAGUUCAUGGUGGAAGCUAUCACCCACAAAAACGCCAUCCUGUCCUUUGUGGGCUACGGCUGCUACUGCGGGCUAGGGGGGCGCGGCAAGCCCAUGGAUGAGGUGGACUGGUGCUGUCAUGCCCACGACUGUUGCUAUCAGAAGCUCUUUGACCAAGGCUGCCGCCCCUAUGUGGACCACUAUGACCACAGAAUUGAGAAUGACACAGUGAUUGUCUGCAGUGAACUCAAUGAGACAGAGUGUGACAAGCAGACGUGUGACUGUGACAAGAACCUGACUCUGUGCCUCAAGGACCAGCCAUACAGGGACAGGCACCGAGGCUACCUCAAUGUCUAUUGCCAGGGUCCCACACCCAACUGCAGCAUCUAUGACCCGUACCCGGAGGAAGUCACCUGUGGAUACGGCUUCCCAUCGACCCCUGUCUCAACCUAGCCCGGCUGAGGUCUGAGAGAAAAAAGGGUGGAGGGUCUGACUGGGGUCUACAUCGGAUGUGUGGGGCCACAUAGGGCCCAGUGCUGUCUUGGGGCUCCCUCCCAGGACUGUAGUUAGCUCAGAAAACUCUAGAAGGCCAGGGCUUAUCUGUGGCCAUCACUUGGUCAGUCUCACAUUCAGCAGCUGGGUCAGGUCUUAGCAGGAAACACACGACCUGCUGGGGUCUCUCCUGGAUAUGGAAGGAAAGGAUAUGGCCCCAGCUCACCUCCCAGAACCUUUGAGACCAGCACAGGCCUGGAACCACACUCGGGAAGGCAGAAUGCCAGGCUGAGACCUGGGUUCUAGGAGCCCCUGGACCUCCACAAGAUGAAUGAAGGAGUCAUCUCUUCUUUGAGGAGGACGUGUGACUCUCUAGAGUCCCACUCACAGAGUGGGGGGCCCCAUCCAGUCCUCUAGGCCCAAAGCCUGACCUCUGUUACCCAGAGUGCCUCUGGGCAGGCUCCAAGGGCACAGGGAUCCCAUAUACAGAGUAGCUGCACAUACAGGAACUGGGCGGGGGUGGUCACACAUCCAUAGUUCUUCCUACCCCUCUGACUCCUGCACAGAGUGGUGUGUUUCCCACUGUGCCCUUACCCCACCUAAAUUCAGAGUGACAAGCUAGGGGGUACCCGGAGCUCUCAUUACGUAUGCAGGGAGAGGCGGAUUCAGACUGUCUCUGGGAAAGACACUAAGGUUUAGGUUGAAAGGAGGAAAAAAAAAAGUCUAAUCAGGAGACUGAGAGGAAAACUUGG